CGGCGCCGUAGCCGGGGCAGCGUACCACGGUCGGCGUGCACUGUGCACCACUCGUCCCCGUCCCAUCGGCUCCCGCCGUUACCGACCCCACCGAAUCGACGGCAAUGGAUUUGUCCGGCAGGAUGCACACCGGCCCCGGAACGUACGGCCACUUUACGAAAAACUUCCGUAACCGCUCGCCGCUGAAACGCGAAUUCGUUUACAACAGCUCCGCCAGCCAAAACGGUCGUCAAUUUCUUUUUCAAAGUUUAAAUAAAUUAAAAACUAAUUCAAUAUGUGUGACGAAGAAGUAGCCGCAUUGGUUGUAGACAAUGGAUCUGGUAUGUGCAAAGCCGGUUUUGCCGGAGAUGACGCACCCCGUGCUGUGUUCCCAUCCAUUGUUGGACGUCCCCGUCAUCAGGGAGUCAUGGUCGGUAUGGGACAAAAAGACAGCUAUGUAGGAGAUGAAGCCCAAUCCAAAAGAGGUAUCCUUACCUUGAAAUACCCCAUUGAACACGGUAUCGUUACCAACUGGGACGAUAUGGAAAAAAUUUGGCAUCACACAUUCUACAAUGAAUUGCGUGUAGCCCCAGAAGAACACCCAGUUUUACUAACAGAAGCUCCAUUGAACCCCAAGGCUAAUCGUGAAAAGAUGACACAAAUUAUGUUUGAGACAUUCAACACCCCUGCUAUGUAUGUUGCUAUCCAAGCUGUACUUUCAUUGUAUGCUUCUGGUCGUACCACUGGUAUCGUCUUGGAUUCUGGUGAUGGUGUAUCUCACACUGUCCCAAUCUAUGAAGGUUACGCUUUACCUCAUGCUAUCCUUCGUCUCGAUCUUGCUGGCCGUGAUCUCACUGACUACCUAAUGAAAAUCUUAACCGAACGUGGUUACAGUUUCACCACCACUGCUGAACGAGAAAUUGUUCGUGAUAUCAAGGAGAAAUUGUGCUAUGUGGCUUUGGACUUCGAACAAGAAAUGGCUACUGCUGCUUCUUCCAGCUCAUUGGAGAAAUCCUAUGAAUUGCCCGAUGGUCAAGUUAUCACAAUCGGAAAUGAAAGAUUCCGUUGCCCAGAAGCUCUAUUCCAACCUUCCUUCUUGGGAAUGGAGGCAUGCGGUAUCCACGAGACUACAUACAACUCCAUCAUGAAGUGUGAUGUAGAUAUCCGUAAGGACUUGUACGCCAACACUGUAUUGUCUGGAGGUACCACCAUGUACCCUGGUAUUGCCGACAGAAUGCAGAAAGAAAUUACUGCUUUGGCUCCAUCUACAAUGAAAAUCAAGAUAAUUGCUCCACCUGAGCGAAAAUACUCAGUAUGGAUUGGAGGAUCCAUCUUGGCUUCUCUGUCUACCUUCCAGCAGAUGUGGAUCUCCAAACAGGAGUACGACGAAUCAGGCCCAUCUAUUGUGCACAGAAAGUGCUUCUAAAUACUUUUAUAUUUAUUUUCCUAAAAAACUGUAUUUUUUAUUUGAAUUUUCCUGUAUUUUUUAUUUAAAUAAGAAUCAAAAUUAUAAAAAAAAAUCCGAUGCAUUAGGCCUACAUUCCAGUAAGUUAUUUACAGCUCAAAGCAUUCCUUUAUCAUAGCACGUCUGCUUUUGAUUUAUAAUUUUUUUUAUACUGACUGAAUGAAAAGAGAAUAUAAUUAAAUGUAUUUAUUUGAUAAUUAUUUACUUAUAUGGAAUUUUUUUUAGACAUUCCUAAAUAUCCAAAGUUGUCUUAUAGGCAAAAAUAUUAGGAUUAUAAUUUUAUUAAAUUCUCUCUAAAAAUAUUUGAAAAAUAAAUGUUUGUAAUUUAUUAUA